AUGUUGUUCAAGCCUGCGACACCCCUCACCAUCUUGCUACUAAUCGCCUUCGCGCUAUUACUACUUUCAUGUCUCUCGACCCCAAUCAUUAAAGGGAUUCCCUUAGCAACAUUCCAGGAUGUCGAUUAUGGCGUCUUUGGUUAUUGUAAAGGCAACACCUGCACCAAUAUCCAUGUGGGAUACACCAGCAAUGACAUCAGUAGUACCGGCGACGGUGACGAUUUCAAUCUGCCAUCCAGUACUCGAAAGUCGCUCUCCUCGAUCCUCAUCAUCCACCCCGUCGCUGCCUUUUUGACCCUCAUCUGUCUCUGCCUAGCCGCCGCCGCCCACUUCCACGCCCCCUCCCACUCGCCGCGCUUCCUCUUGGCUCUCCUGAUCUUGCUGCUGCCAACACUACUGGUCACACUCUUGGCCUUCUUGGUCGAUAUCUUGCUCUUUGUGCCGCAUCUAGGAUGGGGUGGUUGGAUUGUCCUGGCGGCGACCAUCAUCCUCGUCUCUUGCGGGGUGGUCACCUGCGCAAUGCGCCGAACCCUUGUGAGCCGUAAGGCAAGAAAGCGCCGGAUCGCGGAAAACGCCGAGAUGAGCGGAGAGAAUUACUACAACCGACAGAAUGCCCAGCAAUUCGUUGCGCCGGUUUCGGUUCCUGCUGAGCCCAAGGAGCCUUUUGUGUCCGACUCCCUCACCUCCGAGUCCGGUCCGACAUUCGCAACAUUCCCAGCGGAAAGGCACGACAGUGACGAUGACCGCACACCUCUCAAUUCACGGACACCAUUGAGUGACAUCCCCGCACCCCCGGACCGUCGUGGUACCCCCUACCACGCUCAGCAAGAUGAGUUGGGCAACAUGCAGUCCCAGAGCGCGGGUCCAUACGGUGGUAGUUCUAUGUCGCGUAAUCCCUCCGACCCGCGGCUUCGUCCUCAGUAUUCGAAUGGCAGUAUGGGUUCUCGAAGGGGCGGAGCGCCGCCCGGCUUCAAUGGACGCGGGCGAGGUGGAUACCCACCCCGGGGUGGACGUGGAGGACCCUACAUGGGACCUCCUCGCGGGCCUUCCCCUGGCGCACGAGGUGGCUACGCAGGGCCCAUGGCAGGCCGUGGAGGCCGCAGCGGAAUGCCACCAGGUCGAGGGCCACCUGUCGGGUAUGGGCCUGGUCCCGCCGGGCCUCCCAGCAGCUUCGAUGCAUACGGCCAGCCUGUAUCGCCUCCCCAAGAUGACCCUUACGGGUAUGGAUCAUCCCCAGGCCCGAUGCGCCAGCCCUCUCCGGGGCCUAUUGGUAUGGCCGUGUCACCAGAGACAGUGGGCCAGGCGAUUGAAAUGACGCCGCAAGCCCGGCCCCAAUAUGGCACACAAGAGCCUAUGAGUAGCGUACCACAUGCGCUAUCCACUGAUAACUACAAUGCUUCCCUUGAAAGUCCAACAAGCAUGUAUAGCCGCCCUGAGUCAUAUGUUCCCCCUCGCGCAGGCUGGGGUGCCAACGACCGUCGUACAUUAUCUCCACGGCCGCCCGGCUCAUCUCCUCAAUCUGGUAACCUGGGCACGAAUUACUACGAAGAUGUGGAUCCCCGGUUUGCUCGUCAGCCAUCACCCCACAACGAUUCUGCAAUCCCCACAUCUUUAACCCCCGGAGGCGCUCACUAUUAA